GCCCCUUCGGUGAUUUUCCAUUCGAUUGCAGAACUUGGGCUGGUACGACGGCAUUCAAGAAAACCGCCCGCGACGAGUUUCCAAGCAAGUAGCAGCGAGUCAAGAGCACCCGAAGCAUCCAACUCUGUGCGGUUCACGGCUACAGUGCGUGCACUUUGGCGAGUUGCGAGUUAUCCGAGUUUGAGAAGGUAGAAAUAAAAAAGGCAAAGUGCGCGUUCCGCUUGUGACGAGCGGACAGAAAAAGAAAAGAAAGCAGAGUCCUUUAGUGUGAGUGAAGAAAUUAGAAGAACGUGCCGAGUGUGUGAGCGAAGAAAGAACCGUCUCGAGCAACAGCAGCAGCAGCAUCCCCCUUCGCAGUGCGGCCGACGACACAACACAUCCAAAUUCCACACAGCAGCCACAGGAAAAUCACAUCAAAAUGGUUAUCAAAGUGUACAUCAGUGGAAUGUCCGGCAACAAAGAGGUGAAGAAGCGCCAACAGCGGGUCACGAUGAUCAUGGACAGCAAGCACAUAGAGUAUACGGUGAUCGACAUCACAGAGCCGGGCCAGGAGGGCGAGAAGGACUUUAUGCAGACGAACGCCCAGCACAAAGGCUGCACGAUCAGUGAUCCGAACCCGCGGCACGCCCUACCCCCGCAGCUGUUCAACGACACCGAGUACUGCGGUGACUACGACGACUUCGACAUGGCCAACGAGGUGGACAAUCUGGAGGUGUUCCUGAAGCUGGCGGCCCCGGCGGCACCCGAGCCGGAGCACAAAAACGGCGACGAGACAACAGCACCACCUGCCACCGGCGACGACGACAACGCCACCACCGCGGCCGCCGAGGACGAGGACGAGAACAAAGAAAACAAGACUGAAGACAACAACGGUGCUGGAGCCGGUGAUGGAGCGGAGGCCGAGGGCGCGAACGAGGCGGCAAAGGCUCCACCGGAAGAGGCUGGGGAGAAGGAGCUGCAAUCGGAACAGGAAGUGAAAGAUACUGAAACGAACGAAGAGGAGAAGGACGUGGAAGUGAGUGAAAGUACUGCUGACGAUGUCACAGAGGCCCUGAAGGACCUGACAGAAACAGUUACGACGGAGGAAUUGAAAGAAGAUGACACUCCUGAGAAGCAGGAAGAUGAAUCAGAAGCUGUAAUUGACUCAAAUGAUGAUCCAGAUGAACCGCAAACCGUGGAAAACGAGACAAAGGAAGUGUCCGUGGUACAAAGCAAUGACGAUCCUCAAGUCACCAACGACACAAACGCAACCAAUGAAGGUGAAGAAACGACCUCCAUGGAACAUGAAGCGAGCGUAGGAGACACUCAAGAACCAGCAGCUGACCUCCAGGAAGAUCUCGAAGACAAAGCCAAUGAGGACUCUUCUGUCGUUGAUGAGACUCCGCUCAAAGACUCCAAGGAAGAUGAUGUUCAGGAAGAGGUUGUCAACGAAGAACCAGUGUCCGCUGUUGAACAGCACAUCGCAUUGAACCAAUCGAUAACAAAGAACAAUGAGCAAGACGAGAAUAAUGUCGAACAGAUGGAAGUAGAGGAGCAACAGAAGGAUCUAACGGAUGAGGAUGAAUCAUCGGAGUCAGAAAUGGACAGUCAAAUAGAAAACCCCACUAAGACAAGGAGACCAGACUGCGCAAAUGAGGAAGAGAAGAAGCAGGAGCAGGUCGUUGGGGACUCGAAAGCGUCCCUGGAACACGAAUCUCCGUCCACCGAUGAAGAUGAGGACGCAGCAGAGAUGGAGGCCGACGCAGAGGAGCAGGAACUCCGACGUGCCGCGGCAGCGCUGGCCGGCAAGAGUGAAGAUGCACAGGAGCAGAUCGAGAUGGAUGAGGCGGAAGAGGAGGAGGAGGAAGACGAAGAGGAGGAAGCCGACAACGAACCGGAAGCUGCUAAAGAGGACGAAAUCUCCAGCAAACUGGUUGACACCGACGAUCCCAUGCUGGCCGAACAGGAACAGGAGGAAUAAGUGCAAAUGGAAUGCGCCAGCCCCAAUCCCUAACCAUCUACUGACACACUGUUCAAAUCGAGUCAUCAUCGUUCAUCAUCAUCAUCGUUCGUCAUCGUGUAAUAAUCGUUUGUUUCAAUAUGAUAAGUGAUCAAAUUUCGUACGAGAAAACAUCCACCAGGCGCCUCUGCAGGAACACCAGAACGUCAUUACUUCCAGUGCGCUACUAAGUAAGCUACGGCAGCCAUGGAAAUGAACCGAUCUUACACUAUUGUACUUUUAAAAACUAUUUAGUUGACAAACGGUCUCAAAUCAGAAUGGCCGUUGCUGCGCGUUGCUUAAAGUUCCUCUUUGCCCGGGAGUGAGGUUAACACGCACACACACCUUUGAUGGAGACCAACGAGAGGAGGGACAUGAGAAGAGAAGAGCAAAAACGAUCGACCACUACCUCUGCCUCUACCAAGUGUGUAGGUAUAUAAAGAGUGCUGUUUGCGAGAUCGCAUUUAAGUUUAACCACAGCCGUUUCAUCCUUCCUCGUUUGCAUGGUGCAUGGAAGCGGUGCGAUGCGAGCAGAAGAACAAUCGACGUGAGUUUGUGUGUCUGCGCAUGGUUUUGCUCCAUUUCUCACUCUCUAUCACAGUCAAUUACAAAGUGAUCAUUUGUUAAGGAAAAUUACGGUGAAAAUAAACAAAAGAAGAAUUUUGA